UGGCGCUGGGCGCGUGAUUUUGAACAAACCCGGGUCUGUGUUUCGCAGGCGCCGCCGCCGCCGCCGCCGCGGCUGCCGGGAGCAGAGGGAGCGCGGGGCGAGGAGGAGGCGGCGGCGCCGCCGGCUGUAGUGGGGGGUACCUGAUUGUCAGCUUCCAAGUGGAAGAACUAUCAUGGAGGUGGUGUCAGCUGAGGUGAACAGCCUACUUCCAGAGGAGAUCAUGGACACGGGCAUAACUUUAGUGGAAGAUGAUAGUAUCGAGGCUGUUAUUGUUUCAUCCCCAAUGGGAGAUUCAAUUCCCAUGGAAACGGACCUGCAGGAAAUUGUCAGCAUAAAUUCAUCCAGCGAAUCUGCAACCACGGCCAUGUCUAUUACCACAGAACCAGUCACAGUGUCUGGUAACCACACUAACAAAGUUGUUGGCAAUACCAUAGUUACAAAAACAGAUUUGAAUACUGUAAAAACAGCCUUUCCAAGUGGCCUUCAAAAACUUGGUGCCCAGACACCUGUGACUAUAUCAGCCAAUCAGAUUAUUUUAAACAGAGGAUCUCAGAUAUCUGAUUUUAAACUUGGCAAUCAAACAAUUAAACCAGAUGGACAGAAGUUAAUUGUGACAACUUUGGGCAAGUCCGGCCCACCGAUUGUUUUAGCACUACCCAAUAACCAGCUACCCCAGACUCAGAAAGCCACAUCUCAGACACAGUCUGGAGACUCAAAAGUACAAUCUCAGCAAAUCAAAGUAGUUACUAUUGGAGGAAGGCCAGAGAUGAAACCUGUCAUUGGUGUUUCAGCACUGACACCAGGAAGUCAACUGAUUAAUACUACAGCUCAGCCUUCUGUGUUACAGACUCAGCAAUUAAAAACAGUGCAGAUUGCUAAGAAGACGAGAACACCGACUUCUGGUCCAGUGAUCACCAAGUUAAUCUUUGCAAAACCAAUUAAUAGUAAAGCAGUUACAGGACAGACAACUCAAGUAUCACCAGUCAUCGCAGGGAGGGUUCUGUCACAGACUGCUCCGGGGACUCCCCCAAAGACCAUAACAAUAUCUGAAAGUGGCGUCAUAGGGUCGACUCUCACUUCUACAGCACAGACGCCAAACAAAAUAGCCAUCUCGCCUCUGAAAUCUCCCAAUAAGGCAGUGAAGUCAGCUUUGCAGACCAUCACCGUUGGAGGAGUGAGUACGUCUCAGUUUAAAACUAUUAUUCCUCUGGCAACUGCUCCUAAUGUUCAGCAGAUUCAAGUGCCUGGAAGCAAGUUUCAUUAUGUUCGACUCGUUACAGCUACAACAACGGCUACUACCAGUAGUUCAGCCCAGCCGUCCAGUCAGAACCCCAGUGCAAACACUCAGCCUCUUCAGCAAGCAGCAAAACCGGUAGUGGUCAAUGCAGCCCCUAUGCGGAUGUCAGUUCCACUUGUUCCAGCACAAACUGUCAAACAAGUUGUCCCCAAACCAAUCAGUACAACCUCACAGAUAGUUACGACGAGCCAGCCCCAACAACGACUUAUUAUGCCAGCCACACCACUGCCACAAAUUCAGCCAAACCUCACUAACCUCCCUCCAGGGACUGUUCUCGCGCCAGCCCCUGGGACAGGCAAUGUGGGAUAUGCUGUCCUUCCAGCUCAGUAUGUCACUCAGCUCCAGCAAUCUUCAUAUGUGUCUAUAGCGAGCAACACUAGUUUUACUGGGACAUCUAGUAUACAGACCCAGGCAAGACUUCCAUUCAAUGGGAUAAUCUCAUCCGAGUCUGCAAAUCGGCCCAGAAAGCCCUGCAAUUGUACAAAGUCACUCUGUCUGAAAUUAUACUGUGAUUGCUUUGCAAAUGGUGAGUUCUGCAACAACUGCAAUUGCAAUAAUUGUUUUAAUAACUUGGAACAUGAAAAUGAAAGGCAAAAAGCAAUAAAGGCAUGCCUUGACAGAAAUCCUGAAGCAUUUAAACCCAAGAUAGGGAAAGGAAAGGAGGGAGAGUCUGAUCGUCGACAUAGCAAAGGCUGUAACUGCAAACGGUCAGGCUGUCUCAAAAAUUACUGUGAAUGUUAUGAGGCAAAAAUAAUGUGUUCUUCAAUAUGCAAAUGUAUUGGAUGUAAGAAUUUUGAAGAAAGCCCAGAACGGAAAACAUUGAUGCACUUGGCAGAUGCAGCUGAAGUAAGAGUACAGCAACAGACAGCAGCAAAGACAAAGUUAUCCUCUCAGAUUUCAGACCUACUGCCCAGACCAACACCUGCCUUAACUAGUGGAGGGGGAAAAUUACCAUUUACAUUUGUGACCAAGGAAGUAGCAGAAGCAACAUGUAACUGUCUCCUGGCACAGGCUGAGCAGGCAGACAAGAAGGGGAAAUCAAAAGCAGCAGCUGAGCGGAUGAUCCUGGAGGAGUUUGGACGAUGCUUAAUGAGAGUCAUCAACUCUGCAGGAAAGGCCAAGAGUGACCCUUGUGCCAUGAACUGCUAAUUCUUGCACAAAAACUGAAACUUGAACAGUGAGGAACACUUAAGGCAAAGGGACACUCGGAGGGAAGACCGUGACUGCAUUGUGAAUUCAGUGCUUGUUUGAAAAAGAGCUAGGAUUCAUAAUACUGAAAAAGAAGACAUUUUUAAUGAGGAAUUAGUUCUUUUAAAUUAGGUAAAUCGACUUAGAACUCUCUAAAUUUGAAUUUUUCUUGUGUUGUUUUGCUUUUGAAUUUAUUUGCCUAAGUUUCUUAGAAUUAGAUCGUCUGUCAUUCUGAUUCUUUUACCUGAAGAGCAUUUAUAAAUUAUCUGUUAUUUAUGGUGGAAAGCCUUGCAUUACUUUAUUCCAGUGGAAAUUGAAGAAAAAUUGGUAAGAAACACUUAUUCGGUCAAAGGCUUGAUCUUAGAAAAUACAUGUUAAACUAAUUCUGAAGAAAAAUAUCCAACAAAUAUUUUGUUACAGAAAUGUCAGUGCUACCUUUAAAAAAUUAACUGUAGGAUGAAAAGUGGCCUGUUGCCACUUUUUAAGUGUGAGAAGGAUGAUAAUCCACAGGCACAGCUUUUAAAAUGAAUAUUAUUUUGUUUUUAAAAAGAUCUUAUAAUGUAUUAAUAAAAAUUGUAAGCUAAAUAUCCGAGGACGGGUAAUAUAUUUCUGUAUAAUGAGACUGAUUAACGAGUGCUCUGGGAUCUCUCUAGUUUCUAUUUCAAAGUGGUGGUAUAGAUUUAGAAGAAGAAGAAAGGGUCAUCAAGUUUCCUAGAUAUACAAAUGGAAAGACUAGACAUGAUUAAGAGUAAACAAACAUCUGUCAGUGUCACAAAGUGGUCACAUGAACAUGUCUUUCUUAUCAAGUAUACCAUUUGCCGAGGGUUCAACAGAUCUAGAUGCAAAGCCAUGAGAAUUGGUAAAAUCGGAACAUUUGUUUUUUCUCUGGGAAAAGAGAACUCUGCGAGCACUGCUCUGUGGCUCAGUUUCGGUUCACAGAUGUGUGCCUCCUAACACAAGUGUCACAACUUUUGUUUCUUUGAAAAGACAAGCUUAAUAGGACAGAUGUUUUUAUCGAAGACGUUCUAGUACAUUGGGGAAGAAUCAGGAUUAUCCAAACAGGAUAUGGUAGCGUGAUGCUUGAAGGUUUGAUGUUUUUCAUAGAAUUACUUAAAACAUGAAAAUCAUUUUAUGUAACUCAUCAACCUUUUUUAUUUAAGGAUCUAAUUCAGUAGAACUCUAGGUUUUAUGAAAAGAAAUAACCAUGUUGGAAUUCAGCCAUUUUUUAGAUAGCUUACCUUCUCGGUAAUUAUUACAUGUACAUGAUUGUUAUAUUUCCUACAGUGGAAUUUGUAGCAUGUGUGAAGUGCAUACAUAUGUGUGAGCAUGUCCACUCAACAGGUAGAAGAUAGACGUUAAAUAAUCCUUAAGGGGAAAAUCCGUUAUUCAUUAAAGUAUCUUCUUUUUCUUAUUUGGACUUUCAAAGUAACAGUGCAGUAACUUUAAAUGUAGAUAGUACAGCUAUUCUUAGCACAUCGAACUAGUAUGUUCAAUUAAAAUUUGUAUAAAUGUAAAUUAGUGUAAGUGGAUAAAAUAAUACCUAAUCAAGUUAUUUUUUAACAGAUGACAGUAAUUUUUUGUCUACAACUAAACUUCUGUGUUCAUUUUGUACAUAUUCUGUGUUUAAUUCUAAUUGCACCUUUGUGAUGUGUAUUUAUAUAUACUGUAUGCAGAAAAUGUUUGUGAAAUUUGGUUUAUAAUUGUCGAUUAUGUAUGAUGGCAUUGUUGAGAAUGUUUUUCUUCUAAAGAGUUGAAGGUGCAAUCAAUUGCUUUUAGUUUCUCUGGUCUUUCAACAAGCUAUCAAAAGUAUUAAGAUUCUUUUCCUCCCCAUAUAGUACUUCCUAAAUGUUUUCCUUUUGUAUUUAGCCAUUUGCAUCAAAUCGCUCAACCAGAUUAAUAAUCACAUUCAUUCAAUUAUUUUAAAAGAAUAUUUGGGGUGGGCUGGGUAUAUCAUUUUCUAGUUCUAUUUACAUCCAAAAGUAGAAAAGAAUAAAUUUAUAUUUACUAGAGCUAUUCAGAAAAUACACUUUUCUAUAUUGUAAAAACAAAGCAGCAAGAUAAAUCAUAAGGAAAAAUAAACAUUUAUACUAUUCUGUAAAAAAUUUGAUUUUGCAUUUUUCUUUAGUUUCUUUAAAAAUACUAUAUUUUUAUUACAUCUGGCAAUUUAAUAGGUAAGACAGCUUUAAAAUAUGUAGUUGGUAUUCAUUAAAAGUAAAAUUAGCUUUUACUUUUUAAAGGAGCCCACAAGUCAAACUUUGUCACUUUUCUUAUUAAUUCCUUAAAUCAGAUUAUUGAUUGAGAAAAUGAUGGUCAUUUGUCUUCUUUAGUUUUUUUUUUCCCCCGGUAAUAAAAGUUUGCAAUUUUAAUGUUUUCUAAAUUGUGAUAGCCUUAUAAUUAGUACUUUUUCUCAGUACCCCUUUCUCUCAUGAGCUUAUGUACCUUCCAAAUAUCUUUAUGAUGAAAAAGUUGAGAAUAUACAUUUUUUACCCUUAAGAUACCAGAAGUUACAAAAGACAAAUCACUGCUAAAGCUUGCAUUCUUAGAGUUUUUCAUAUUCAGUAAAUAUAUAAUUUCCUAAUUUUAUCAUUAUGUUUCCUGAACCUUUUCUUCAAUUUCCAUAAUUAAGGGAUUAAUCUGCAGUUUUGGUUGGAAAAAUAGACAAUGUUUCAAAUUAUUUUGAGGUGUAUAUAAUAAGCAUAUGGGGUAUUUUUUUAAGGACCUAAAUUUUUCCCAGAAUGAUGUAUUUUAUUAAAAGACUUAAAAACCUUUUGGAGUUUCAUUGCAUAAUACUGUUAAAUGAAUUUGAUAGCAGCACCACUAUAUAAAUAUUUAGAGCUGAAACAUUAAGCACAUCAUGAUGACUCAAUGAAAAACAUCUUGGCAUGGUGGCUAGAGGCUGGCCUGAGCCCAAGUCCUUAAGAUUUUUACAGUAAUAACCUCUUUUAAUUUUUUUCCUUGUAACAACUAUGCAUAGUUAAGCAAAACAGAUUCCCACAUUAGCCAUGGCCAAAAAAUAGCCAUCUCAAUCUGUACCUGGUUUCUCCAUGAGUCCACUGGACUCGUGAUUGGCAAUUGUGUUAGGGUUGUUAUAAGUUAUUUGUCAUUAUGAUGUGGUUUUUUAUUGUAUGCAUUUUUCUUCUGGUCCUGCUUACUUCACUCUGCAUUAGUUCAUGCAAGUCUUCCCAAGUCUUUUGUUAUUUCAUAAGUACGGUGAUAUUCCAUUGCAUUCAUACAGUAUCAUUUGUUCAGCCAUUCCCCAAUCGAUGGGCACCCCCUCAGUUUCAAUGUAGUUUCCGAUUCUUUGCUACAGGGAAAGAGCUCAUAUAUACAUUUUCAUCAUUUUGCUCUAUCUUUUAUCUCUGUAAGGCAUGCUCCUAGUAGUGGUAUCACUAGAUCAAAUAGUAUGCUCAGUUUAAUAACUUCUAGGGAAUAGAUCCAUAUUGUUUUCCAGAAUGGCCAGACUAGUUCCCAACUCCAUUAAAAACACAUUACUAUAUCUGUUUCUCCACAGUCUCUUAGUGUUUGUCUGGGGUAUGAGGUGAAACCUACAGUUGCUUUAAUUUGCAUUUCUCUAUUAGUGAUUUGAAGAAUUUUUUUAAAUAUGGCUUAUUGAUAAGUUUGCAUUUCUUCCUCUAAAAAGCUACUUGUGCAUGUCCUUUUACAUAUUUAUUGAUUGGGGAAUGGCUCUUACAUAUUUAAAUCAGUUCCCUAUAUAUCUUGGAAAUGAGACCUUUAUCAGAGAAACUUGCUGCAAGGAUUUUUCCCCCCUUCAUCUGCCUGCUUUCCUUCUAAUUUUAGCUGCAUUGGUUUUGUUUGUGCAAUUUUAAGUCUUCCUUUUGCCCAUUUCGUCUUCUGUGAUCCUCUCUAUCAUGCUUGGUAAUGACCCUUUUUAUAAUUCUGCUACAAAAAAUCAUGGAAUAAAGAAUGACUUAUCUUGCUAUCAUACAGUUUUGUUAGAAAAAAAUUAUACCCCAAAAGCCCAGCACUUGAUUCAUUGUUUAUUCUAUAAAUUAGCACACAGUUGUAAC